AUGGCGACUAUCACCUCCACCCUUUCCCCCGCCUCCCGUAUCCGCGCCUCCUUGGUCCGGCAGCCACAAACUCAAAACGUUAGUAGCGCUAGCGCUGAAGAUACCUCUACAGACCAUCACCAUCACCACCAUCAUAGCUCUAUCGCGCCCCAAAUCGUUCGUUUGCACCCCCCCAACCCCGUGCCUGCACCUUUACACACCUGUCGCGAGGCUCGCGACUAUCUCACCUCCUCGACUGCAACUCCUCCUCAGGAUGGGCACUACAGGUACCAAUACUACCAGCAAGCCUUCAGUCAGUUACCCGGCAACUAUCUCAGGCUGGGCUUUGAGGCGGAGCCACAGCCGCUGCGCCGCUACACCUGGGUCGAUUUUGACGUGGACAUGAUCUCCCUCGGGGAGACGUACAUGGAGAUCUGCGAAGCCCAUUACCUGGAUAUUCGGCGGUUGAAGUUUGCAAGGGAUAGGUAUGCGCUGAUUGGUGGCGACAGCACAAGCACAAGUAGUGGUCAUGAAUUCUUCAGCAGGUGCGAAGCCGAUUUCAUCGAGGGAUUCACCAGGGUCGAAGAAGUGCACGUCGUCUGUCUGGGCCCCCGCGGGCUGGCGGAUUGGGAAGACAUCCAUGCAGAGAAGCGGUUCCCCUGA